AUGAUGUUAAAGAUGCUGCUCGGCUGUUCUCUCUUCCUGCUCCUUUUGAGUCUGUGUGAACUCGUGGAGAGCCGAACUCUGCAUCUGGACAGCUGCUCUGUCAAUGUUCACACGCACGAACUGCGCAAAUAUUACUCUGCCAUACGACCAAAUGCGAUAGCAGGAGACAUUGAGAUCGGAGUGAAAUUUCUGGACAAAUCAUUGAUGAAGGAUGUUCAGGAGGGGCAGACAUGUUGUUUCCUGCGUCUCGUGCUGCGUUUCUACGUGGAAAGAGUGUUCAGCAACUACGCCUGCUCUCAGCCACAGCAGCAACGCUCCUCCAGCGCUCUUGCCAACGCUUUUGUCAGCAUCAGGAGAGAUAUACACAAAUGUCACUGCCACUGUGGAGAGGAAACACAGAGAAUAGUUGACUCCCUGCAUGCUGAGUUUAUCAAGCUGGACAUAAACCCGGCGGCACAGAAGGCCGUGGGAGAACUGGACACGGUGCUGGAGUGGCUGGAGGGACUCGGCCAGAAAACACACACAUGAUGAGACAGACGCUCAGCAAAAUUAAACGCUGCGAUCCUAAAGUGCCCCCAAGCUAACACAAAAGAUUGCAACUCUUGAUAUGACAUUACUUGUAAGCAGAGUGAAGGUUAGAAAUGUGCUUACUUCACUUCUGUGCCACUGUGCAUUUCUCUUUUUUGUAUUUAAUUAACUUAAUGUGUGUGUUAUCCACAAACCUGUGGACUGGAUGUUUUCAUGCAAUAUUUAUAACAGAUUAAGAUAUAAUCUUUUAUAAUAGACGUAACUGUUUAAGUAUUUAUAUUUAUCAAAAAUAGAAAGUAAGGUAU